AUGGCAGUUAUAAGAGGAACAGGCAGCUGCAUCAAGACAGCAGUCUUUUUAGCUCAAGACGUCGUUGCUUCCUUUGGGGGGCAAGUCGUCCUUACCUGCUCAACAACAGAGGCAAGGCAAACACCAGACAGCGCAGCUGCAGCAAAUCCAACAGCAGCAGCUGCAUCAGGAGGAGCAGCAGGGGCAGCAACAGAGGGAGGGCGUGCAGCGGAACGGGAGGAAACAAGUACAGCAAAGGCUGUCAAGCAGAAGGGGGAAGCUGCUUUUGUUGCUGCUGCUUCUAAGUUAGCAGCAGCAUUGGGCAGCAGCAGCGGUGCUGCUGUCUUAUCCCUUGCUGCUGAGCCAUCGAGUGCUCAGGCAUAUGAUGAAGUUGUUUCCCUUGGCAAGAAACACUGCAGCGAAGAUGAAGAAGCCCUCGAGGCAGCAGGCAUAGACCAGGAGCUCAGUUCUUUUGUUAGACAGCGAAACAUCAGCGCCAUCAAAAUUGAGCUAAGGCGGCUGUCUCUCCAGUAA